AUGGAAUCCGAAACCGACGACAACUGCUACGAACGGAAGGACAUUCCGGUGGACCGGGUUGGUGUAGAUUUCUAUCAUAGUCGCGAUGUCACGACACGCCAGCUCAACCGGCACAUGGUCCAUUGCAUGCCGGACCUUUCUCCGGCCGGUGGCCCUCGUCCGAUUUCACUGCCCGCAAAGCUCUCCGGUACCACCGAUGGUGUCGAGAGCGACACUGCGAACGGGCUCGAAGGUGGUUCGCUAAUUCGUCGUUAUGCGGAAGUGACCAAGUUUAAGCCGGAAAGUCCGCAAAGUGGAAGCGCCCGGUCGUCGAUUGCAGUUGCGAAGAAGCGGCUGAGCGCUCUACACGCUAGCGUCCAGCAACAACAUCAGCAGCACGAGGCGGAAAUCCUGGACGAUGAUCUAGCGCCACUACUGCCGAACAAUCGGGAGCUCUCUCAGGAGGAACUCUAUGAGUCCCACACAUCGCUUGUAUCCAGUUCGGAGGGUGGCAUUUUGGCCGAGGGCGAAGACACCUCCAGCGAUGAGUCGGAGCCAACGGACACUUCCGCCAGUGCUUCCGCAUGCGUGCUGAGCCUCGUCGAGCGUCUGCUUCGGACACAUCCCGUCUGGUUUUUGCCAGGCAUUCAGCGUUCCGGAGCGAUUCACUUGCUGCAAGGGAAGGAAGAAGGUAACUUUAUCGUGCGCGGUUCUAGUCAGUCGAAAACGAUGGCAGUGUCGGUGCGGCUACCGGCAAACGUCGGUCCGUACAUUGAGCACUAUUUGAUUCAGUCCAACAACAGUCUUCUGAGUCUCGAGAGUUCUCGGUUCAAGUUCGAUUCGAUCCCGGCACUGAUCGCUCACUACACGCAGUGCUGCGACGAGCUGCCCGUCCAGCUGUGUCUGCCGGCCGCACUCCGGGAGGCGAAAAACCGACAACAACUAUCGUCUUUGGCACUCCUGGGGCAAGAGUUUUGGCGCUAUCCGAUGGCAAGCUGUUCGCCAAAACCGAAACUCGGUCCACCGAUGGUACCUCCAAUGUCCGCCACCUCUAGUCACAUGAACACACCGUCCGAAGCGACGCACUCGAGCGGUAUUGGCGUAUCCGUACUUAAUCACACUCCAACCACCGUCGGAGGAAGUUUUGGCAAUCCGGCCGUGGCCGCGGGUCCCGGAGUGGGGGUGGCGUCCGUCGGGACGGCUUUUGGCGAAACUCCGACCGACACAUUCUCAACGAUGAGCGGCUUUACCGUGAGCAACAAUGGUCACACGCUGCUCAGUCCCGAAUCUAUCGACAGUGCGAUCAUGAUGUCACCAAUGGAUCCGACGCACCACCAUCACCAACAGCAGCAGCAUCAGCAGACGGGAAUCGUCGGUAAGACGAGUACUUUCAAGGCACGCAAGCAGAUCCUUUCACCAGCGACACCGCAUGAGGUGGAGAAGCAAAUCGAACUGUUCAACGCCAACAUUCUCGGCCAACACAGCGCGGGAACGGCAGAGCUGGGGAACGGGGACGAUCAACACGCGACGGCGAUUUUCACAUCCACACUGGAGGUCAAAAACUUAAGCACUCUGGAACGGAAGCCGAGAGCUCCGAGACCGACACCUCCAAACACACUCAACAUCAAACCGAUACGGAGUCCUCCAGCACCUCCAGCACGGCGUAUGAAGGUUCCACUACUGGAAAGCAGUCCAACGGUCGAAGGAGCAGAUAUGUUUACGCCCAAAAAUGGUUCGUUUGUUUCUCCGAUCUCGUUCACCAGGCCGGACACCACGUUCCAGAGGAAGGAUGUUACUCCUGUCACCACCAAUCCGAUCACCCCGACCGUUGCGACUACCAUUUGGUACACCGAUAGUGAGAAUCUUGGUGAGCAAGCAACGACAGUCGCACAGCCACAGACCGCGGACCAGUUCGGCGGUGUACCGAUCGAUUCACCCUGCAUUACCAUUCCAGCGAGCACUCGAGUGAGCCGUCGAAAUAAGCGCAAAGAAUCGAAGCACUAUCAGGAAUCGGACAUCCUGGAGUCACCGUCCGUGUAUUGUCGCAGUGCGCUCGGAGACAAGAUCAGUGAUUACGAGGACAUUUGGUCGCAAGAUGCCAUGAAGAGUGAUCGACGAUCGCUUCUUGCCAGCAGACAUGGGAUGUUCGCUUCGGAUGGGUUCAAUGAUUCAACACUUAAAGGUCUCGUCUCACCGUCGAUCGAAUCUAUGCAUCGGAAGCUUGCGUCUAAACCCGUAACGCACGGUGUCUCCACGUUCUCGGUGGACAAUCUUGCAUUUGGCCAAGCGCCGGACUCCGCAAGUGAUCGGGGCAGCACUCCGACAGAUAAACCACGGCCAACGAUGAUACUGAAAACGUUUUCUCCAGUGCCAAAAGAAGACACCACAUCUCAGCAGCAGGUUGGCGUGGGCCAUCCUUCGUUCGAAGUUCGUCAACGAUCGUGUUUGAACAUUUCCCAUACAUCAAACGUUGGCACUCCGAUGGCGUCGGAUGAUGCAGUACACCAGGGUGUAAUAAUGGGUGCUCAUGUGAACCACCACCAGAACAGUCCGUUUUACGCCGACCCAGCUGAUAUUAUGGGCAGCAUCGUAAGGCGCAGCCCGUUGAAUCGGCUCGCCUCUUCGAACAGCAGUCAAAGGCAUUCCGAGCCGCCGAAGCAGCUGUUGUUGCUGGGCCAUGAAGACUUACUUGCUACUUCCUGCUCCUCCGCCCCACAUCCUUGGGGCAAUGGAAAUGGAUAUCAUGUGAAUAACAACUUUGCUGCCUCACUGGAUGAGCUGGCGCUGGAGAAGAAUGAGUCCAUGCUGGUGAGCGUCCGGUUGAACGAACUCAGCAUCCGCAGCAAUAGUGGUGGUGCUCCGCCUUCGACGAAUGACUACGAUUCCGACAUUCGGUGGAAAGCUCCUCCAGCCGUUGAUCGCUCGACGAUGAAAAGUAGUGACCGAACCGAACAGUCGAGUAAACAAAUGCAGCGAAGCAACGACAGCUUAAUCACACGGCCAAUCACGACGAUACAUCAGAUCAUUGCGAGGAAAUUGCCGCAUCUUAAUUUGUCCGAGCGACUGUUAGACGGGAUGCUGCUGAACGUGGAGCUGGCAGAAUCUGGCUCGGGAACGCUGGGAAACAGAUCACAACGCAAAUCGGCGUACGAUAAUGUCGAGAAGCAAGUAAAUGCAUAUGCUUCGUCAGCCAUUAACAGCUCUCAUUCGGACGACGGGACGGUUUUCUCUGAGCCCUGGGACAGCUCCCAGUGGGAUUCAUUUUUGCCCAACGAACAAGUGUCCACGAACGUACUGCAGCCGGGUGUGGAUAGAUCUGCGAAUGCUAGCUGCGAGAGCGGUGGCCUCAGUGCGAAGGACAAUCGUUACCGAAAAGACGCUGAACAACAUCCACAGCAAAAGGUAGCAACAAUACUGCGUUCCCGAAGUUGCCGUGAUCGAGAAAUAUUGUGUCACCCACGGAAUCGAAAUUCCCACAGCGGACCGGGCGAAUCGAUUGCGACGUACGCGUUCUAUUUGGCCGGCAAGCUAGACUCGACUUUCUCGCGCAACAUUAGCAACUUUAUCGCGUGCACGAAGGAAUCCAAGGCGGCCCCGCAUCCGCAGGUGGUGAUGCGCAACAUGCGCCAGUUCAUGUCCGGCAUGAAGAACUACCUCGUGAAGCAUGGCGAGGACGAGUUUGCGGCCGAGGUGCAGAAGGCACGGGCUCAGCUGAAGGCGGACGAGUUUCUCAACCUGGACUCGAUCCUCGAGGAGGUGAUGCACAAACUGGUCAUUUUGCCACUGCGUGAACACCUGUACGGUUUGUUCGUGGAUUACUACAGCAACUCCGGUGACAUACAGCUGAUAGUGGAGAAAGUUCGUUCAACCGCCGGACGCUCUCCGGCUGCUUUCGGUAUUAAGGGAAACGUUAUUCCGCCGAGCGCGAACGCAAUGAGACAGAUUGCGACACUGUUCGUGCGCCUGCAGGAAGCAGAACUACCGUUGGUGAAGCUCGAUUUACUGCUCGCGGCCGUGUCGGCCAUCUUCGAGGCGACCACCUGCUGCAACGGGCAGCAGAUGAGCGCGGACGAUUUCCUGCCGCUGCUAGUGAUGGUCGUUGCGCACUGUGGCUUCGUUGGGGCCGAAAUCGAAGCGGAGUAUAUGUGGGGCCUGUUACAACCAUCGUUGCUGAGCGGUGAAGCUGGCUACUAUCUGACGGCGCUCUGCAGUGCGGUACACGUGCUCAAGAACUUCAAGCUGAAUGAGCAGGAAGGCACAGCAACACUGGAUUGGGAUUCUUCCACCAUGCCCAACUGUUCGUCCGUACUGCGCGUGAUCAUUCCGGACGAGUACAACGGCUCGAUCCAAACCCGCACACUUCCCAUACGACCUCACACAACGACAAAGGAAGUCUGUCGAAUAAUCGCCCACAAGGCGCGAAUCACGAACGCCCAGGACUACGGGCUGUUUAAACUGAUUGACGGUGAAGAAACACUUCUCCAUGACACCGAAUGCCCGCAGGAUGUCCGGAUGACGGCGAAGGGGAAGCACUUUAUGAUUGCAUACAAACGGAUCGACGCCAAAAUAGCGUGGCCUACCGUGAAGCCAAAUACGGCUGCCACGGCAGCCACCCCGGUUGCUGUGGGCAAUAAUGCUCCAAACGUCACCUCCAAUACCACUAUUACUACCACUGCUACUAAUAACGCUAUUUCUACCACUACUAUUACGGCGAGUGAUAAUCAACUAAAAGUAUAAACUUAACAUAAACAAGAAAGUGAAUUAAGCUUCCAGCAUACGUUAAGAAACAAAGUCUGAUAUACUCCUUUUUCUCGUAAGAUUUUGUCGUAACGUUUUCGGCCCUCUCGUUUUCCUUCACGCUCAUAUAGCCUCUUCUCUUCGAUUAGUUUGAUCAUGAACUGCAUAUAACGUAUUUAAUCAUAUACAAUCGAGCAUAUAACUACAAUCGAUACACCACUCACACUCAACGAUGGGUGCCCUCCCGUUAGGGGGUACCACACCACGUUUGUAGAACAGCAUCAUUCUUCUGCAAAUCUGUUCUCGAUGCGUUUAGAUUUUAAUUACUAUACAGAGCCUGCGAAGUAGACCGAAGAAAUAACGAGAAAUCGAGAGAGCUGGAGAG